AUGAUUCCAGCAAUCAAUGUAGCUCUUGGAAAGAAAACUGAGCAGUUUGGACGGCAAGGAACAUGGCCAUCUUUAAAUGCAGUUGAUCGAGUAAAAGAAUGCCAAAAUAUCAACAGCACAUAUCUCACAUUAUCAGGAUUCAGUGAUUUACCAUGGUGGAAGGUUGACCUUGGAGGAUUAUUUCAGAUUCAUCAAGUUAAUGUAUUUGGAAGGAACGACAGCCAAUAUAAUCAAUUGCUAGGCUUCAGACUUUACCUUUCACGAGACGAAAAUUUCACAGACAGCAACAUAGUAUACACAAAUACCGCACAGGAUUAUAACCAUGGUCAAAUUGUCAUAACAUCGAACUUAUCGGGCUUAUUCCGGUUUAUUGAGCUAGACCUGCCUGGACCGUACGUACAAGCAGGCAGGCAGAUUGUUUUAUGUGAGGUUGAGAUUCUCGUCAAAAUGUCAAACAUUGCGACUGACAAACAAGCAACGAUGUCAACACACUAUAAUGAUAUGACUGCGGAUAAAUGUAUAGAUGGAAAUCCACGUCGGAAUCCGGAUUCUUGUCAUUGCUGCAGCCAUUCCAAUAAUGAGGCAAAUCCAUGGAUAACUGUCGAUCUUUUGCAAGUGCAUGAAAUAUUUCAAAUUCAUGUUGCUGGUAGAAAAGAUCGUUUUGAAAAAAGCAGAGAUGUUUCUGGGUUGGAAAUAUUUGGAAAUGGUACUAACAACCGUAUCCUCGGUAAUUUCACAUCAGCGAAUGGCACUGAUGUAAUAGUGACGUUACCACAAGGAAUACACAGUCGGUAUAUAACUCUUAGACGACCAAUACCACAAAACUUUAACGAAUGGUAUCUUGUUGUUUGUGAAGUGGAAAUAUAUAUCAAAUACUGCAAACCAGGGACUUACGGAAAGUUAUGUGAACAACAAUGCGGACAUUGCAGUCAUGGGUCGUGUAAAAUCGAUUCUGGACAUUGUCCAAAUGGAGAGUGUAUGGCAGGAUGGACCGGUGUAAAAUGUGAGACAGAAUGCGACUUGGGACACUAUGGCAUAAACUGCUCCUCUGUCUGUAGUUCUCAUUGUUUAAACAACAUAACGCAAUGUAAUAAAACUACUGGAAUCUGCAUGCAAGGAUGUGAAGCCGGAUAUAUGGGCCACAACUGUUCUAUGGAAUGUAUAACUGGGAAAUUUGGUCGUGAUUGUGGCCGAACGUGCACCAACAACUGUCUACAAGGUUUUGAUAAGUGCAGCAAAGUUUCUGGAGAAUGUCAAAAUGGCUGCUUGUCUGGAUUUAAAGGACAUAACUGUUCGACUCCGUGUGAGAGGGGGCGUUUUGGUGAAAAUUGUACAUUGUACUGUAGUAUCCAUUGUUUCAAAGGAAUUGAACAAUGUGACAAAUCAUCAGGUAUAUGCAAGGAAGGUUGUGAUGCAGGCUAUAUGGGCAAUAAUUGUUCAACAGUUUGUCCUGAUGGUCAGUAUGGUCGAAAUUGUACCGAUACUUGUAGUGAUUACUGCAAGAACGAUAAAGCUGCGUGUAACAAAUCAACAGGAUAUUGUAUGGGCGGCUGCGAUCCUGGAUACACCGGACCUAAAUGUUCUAGUGUAUGUCCAAGUGGCACGUUUGGCAUAAACUGUAGUCGUAAAUGUCAUUGUCGAGAUGAAACAGAUUGUCGCCAAACAGAUGGACAUUGCAGUACCGGAUGUGCGUUUGGAUGGUCAGGAUUCAACUGUAGCAAUGACUUAAACAUAAUAGAACGUAUUCGAGAAAUGGUUAGUACCAGUCAGUCUAGUACAUUUUCUCCAGAUUCAAAUCCACAAGAUUUCAACUCUAGUAAAGCAAUAGAUGGGAUUCCAAAUUAUGCAAUAGAUACAUGUAAAUGCUGUAGUGUAACAAACGGAGCAGCACCUCCUUCAUGGUGGCAAAUUGAUCUUAAACAGAAAUACCUGUUGGGUGGUUUGCAGAUAUUUGGACGCGGGUCAGAUCAAAACAAACAGUUAGAACAUGCGAUAGUUUAUGCUGGCAAUUACUCAACGACAGUAAACCCGUCAGAAAAUAUGACAAAUGUUUACGAGGUUCCAGAGUUGACAAACAAACGACACUUUACCAAGGAACUAGAAGAACCAUUAAUUGCACAAUUUAUUUUAGUAGAGUUGGCACAGACAGUGAUGACGUUGUGUGAAUUGAAAUUAUAUAAGAAAGAAUGUGACAUUGGAAAUUUUGGAACUGGUUGUACACAUAAAUGCCAUUGUAAAGAUAAACGUGCAUGUAACCAAGUAACAGGUAAAUGUCAGACACCAGGUUGCCUAGCAGGCUGGCAAGGAGAGGCAUGUGAAAAUGUUUGUGAUGUUCGAAAGUUUGGUGAUCGAUGCAAUAACACUUGCAACUGUAUAAAUGGUACCUUAUGCGAUAAUACAAAUGGAACAUGCUUUGUUGAGCAAUGUGAUCCCGGAUGGCUUCUACCAAAUUGCAGCGAACGUAUGUAUCAUUUUCAUGAUUUAUAUAAUGUAGAUAUAGAAUUACACUGCCCAGCUUGAUAUCAAUGUUACUUUUUGUAACAAAUAACACUUUCAUAGCUGAGUAUAUUAAAGCUGCACGCCUCCAGAUGAGCCAAAAUAUUUCAAGAAAAUCAAUAUUGAGAAAAAAAAUUAAGAAAGUUAAAGAUAUUCAAGAUCCAAGUUAUAUUUUACAUGUUAUGUGCGGUUUAAGACUGACUUUGUAGUAUUUUAUCACCAUAUUUCUAUUGCGUUACUAACGCACUAAGGGCUGUGUUUGCUUAUGUUGACCACUUUUUGGUAAUUUUCUUGGGUUAUAAGUGCCGAUUGCAAUAUGUAAAUUGCUUUAUUUGUUCACCUUACAAUAUUUUACUUCUAAAUACAUUUACAAAUUUUUUAUGAAAACUGACAUGAAUAUAGAGGCGCGCUGCUUUAACAUUUUUUUAAAUAUACUUUCUGGAAAUUUUCGAUAGGAUAUAACGUUGUUUUUGUUUCUAUAAAUAAUACAUAUUAGUUUUUGGGUAACAGCAGAAAUAUCAUCACGACAAAACAGCGGUUACCCAAAUCGUUACCCGAGGAUAACAUGAUUUUAAAGAUCGGGUGAUAUUUCUGCUAUUACUCACUAACCCAUGUUUUAUCUAUUUCAUUACCCCGAAUUUUCACUGGUUCAUAACGAUUGAGUCAUUUUGUCACUGAUCUCGUUCUGCGAUAAUAGGUAAUUACAGGUUAGUUAUCCAGCGUGAGUGUCUUACAACCAAUUGUUGUGAUUUUUUAUGAUUUA